AUGGCAUUAAGGCUAGGAGUCGGUGACGUAUUUACAGUGUGCAAAGGAGCGGUGGACCUUUGCAGCAGAGGGAUUCACGAUGAACCCGAGGAUGUCAAAUCCGUUAUCGCGGAGAUGAAGCUGAUAAGAGCACACUUGAAGGAACUGGAGAGCCAAAUAGGGGACGAAAAAGCUUUUGUAACCGCACGGCCUGAUAUCGCUCCCGUCAUCAAACGCUCGCUGGAGCCUUUACACAGGGACAUGUUAAGUGUGAAUAAAAUCUUGCAUGAGUGCAAGCGCAAGCCCAGCGUGCAUGUUGUGGAUAAAGUACGGUAUAUGAUUCUCUACAAGGCAAAGCUCGAAGCGUUCCGCGAAAAGCUUCCGGCUCACCGAGAGAGCCUUUGCGUUAUGAAGGAGCUGCUCGAGAAUCAGACUCCAUCUGAAAGAAGAUCAUCGACUGUAAAGUUGUGUGAGUUGGUCGAAAGCCGAGAGGGACAACAGAAAAUAGAAGAAGAAUACGACAGAGCUCAAAAGGAGGUGAUGAGGAUGCUCGAGAAGCGGCACUCAUCUGUUGAGAAGGAUCGGCAUCUGAGCACAAGUGAGAUGCUUGAGCAAUUAGAAGAUAGCUUAAUGGCUAGAGGUGUUUCUCGAGAGCAAGCUGAACAACAAUUGCUCCCGCUUACAAAGGUGCUCAAGCUGCAGCCCUUGCCAACUCCCCCCGAUAUCCAACGGCCUACUUUCAAACUGGAUGUUUUCGAAUGCAGUCUUAGUGCUGGUUCGCAGGAGAGUAAAAAUGGGGACAUCGCUGAAUUGGAUUGA